AUGAAAUUUACAACACAGAACGAAAGUUCUGAGCUGUGCACUGAAGAUAUUCUGAAAAAACAAUACUACGAGGCGCUGAGAAAUGAGUCUGUCCAGGAGCUGCUGGAGAUAGUUGACAGAGUGCCUGAAAAUCCACACAAAGAGCACAGAGAAAUAGAGAGCCUUGCUGCAACAAAUGCUCUCAGGAUAGCAGCGCAGGCAGAAGACGCCGAGCUGUGCCUCCAUAUUAUGGAAAACUACAGCCCCGAAGACAGUGCAAAGUUGGAGUAUUUUAAGCUAGUUGGAAACCAUUUGGAGGCCAUCUUCUGCAUCAACAGAAUAAUAAAAACAAAACCCGUAUCUUUCUUUCUGAUGGACAGAGAAAGAACGAGAAUACGCAAACUCUACCACUUCCAAAAAAUCGCAAAUGGUGCAAAUAGCGGCGAGAAUAGUGGCAGCCAACACAGUGAAACAGAAGCACUGGCAAACGAUGUGUAUUCCCUGCUGUGGAGCAUAUUUCAGCUCAUACUAACAGCAGAGAUCGAAGACAUUUCCUGCAUCCAUCUGGUGAACAGAGAAACAGACACGGCAGAGGAUGCAUCCUCAUGGCUGCACAUGGUAAAGGCGUGGUUGCACGAUAACUCGCAUCCAGUGAAUGAGCAGUAUGCACAAAAUGAUUUCUCAAUUUCCGUGGGAACACCGCAGGAGUACAACCCGAACAUAAAGUAUCCGUUACAUAUCUCAGAAAGCGAGUUUAUACCUGUGCAGGUCAUUGACUGCAUUGUUUUUGUUCUUGACACGUUCUCCUCCAUAUGGACUGAUGAUCUUUUCUUUAUUGACGAAGAGUAUUCGCUGUAUGCAGCAUACAUCUGUCUUUUAGACUACAUCCCCGUGAACAGAAUAACAAAAAAAAUAGGAAAAUUUGUCAAGAACCAUCUCCAUCUAUGGGAAGUAUCAGAGACAAAAGAACACAGCGAAAAAGAGACAGACAAAAACAACAGAGCAGACCCAAAGACCCAUGCUCAGUGGAAAGGAGAGUACAUAAACCAGUGCAUCCGCCGAGUUACAAAGAAAAUAUCCACGUGGUCCUAUCUAAAACACAAGAGCUGGAAUCCGUCAAUUGACCUGUGCAAAGCAAAGAAAGUGUUAGCAGUUGAUAGCACUGCAAAUAGCAGUAUGAAGAGCAGUGAUAUAAUGAAAGAUAGUGAUGAGAUGAUGGAUACUUCUGCAGUCGACGCAGACACCACAAUGAAUUCCAUACGGAUGAACAUUCUUACAAAAAACAGUAAGACAAAAGAUAGAGACAUUCUUGCCUUUGAAAGCGUUCUCAAGGGAUACCUUGUCGAAAUGGCGGAUGAAUACGAAGUAAUGAGCAUGCUCCACCACUACUGCUUUCUUGAACUGACUGUGUCUUCUCUCUACUUUAGAGUGCUUGAGAAAGCAUGCGCCCUAAAAAGUGCUAGCAUGGUCCUUUUCUGCUUGGCAGCUAUUAAAAAUCCAUCAGUCCACAGCGUGGCAGAUGUAUUUAGAAAAAGCAUCCCCAUUGCACAAUCUUACUUUCUCCUGAGCAUCCUUUAUUCCAAAAGCGUGCCUAUGGAAGAAAAGAAGCUUUUCUUUAUUUGGUGUCCUUCUCCCGUGCGCGAGUUCUUUACUUUUUCGGACGCUAUGUAUCUGCUGAGCAUUUUGCCAGGCGAGACUCACAUGCCGUUCUUUGCCCACUUUAUUAAACACAGGUAUCUGGUCUCCAAGUGGAAGAUCAUCUCGCCAGACGGCCAGACACUCUCCACCUCCUCCCAUCUUUUUUCAAGAUCAGUGGAGACAAUGCGAAAAUACCUGAAAAAAGCACAGAUAAUGUAUCUGCCUUGUCUCAGCGAGAUAAACCCCCUAUACGCUAAGAUAGCUAGCGUGUUUAGGCACAAGAAAGAGUACGAGUAUGCAAUGGCCAUCGAUCCGUUUAGCACGCAGGUUGUAGCAGAGUACAUCAAAAGCAUGCACACUUCGGCUGUUGUAUCAAAAAGCGAAAAAUCCAGUCUAUCCGCAAUCCAUGAAACCUGCAGAAAGGCAGCCAACGCCUUCAUUCUCUGUGCAUACAACAUAGACAGAAUGGAAAAGAUUGAAGAAAUGGCGCCUAUAUACGACGAGCUUCUGAGCAUGCUUUUGUCGCUUGAAGCAGCAACUAAACAAAAAAAACAGAAAAAUACAGAGAAUAAGAGCACAGACUACGUAAGCUGCGAGAGCGAAUACAAUGAGCUAAAAAAGGCUCUUCUUUUUGUAAGAAAAAAGUGCAAACUCUACCCGCUUGGAAGUGAAAAUGAAGACAAUAUGCACCAAAGGAAUGACAGAAAUAACGGAAAUAAUACUAUAGAAGACAAUAAGAAUGCAGCUGGAUGCUCAGGUGCAAAUGACCACAGCUCAUUGCACAGUCAAGAAGCAGAAGAUGCAGGAGCAGGAUGCAAAAAGUACGAUAGAGCACAGACAAAAAGACCAGCUCACUGCAGCAGCCAAUACCACAUGUUUCUGCGCUAUGACCUAUGGAGAAUACUUGGCACAAAGAGUGCUCUGAGUAGGGCAUGCACAUCCGUUGUAAAGUACAGCAUACAGCACAUAAAGCACCUCUCUCUAGUGGAGUACAACUAUCUGGUGAAAAUAAGAGUGAAGCAUGAAAGCAAAAUAAACUGGAAAGACGUUCUGCCAGAAGAGAGCAGCGAAGUAAGAGUGCAAAUACUGCAAGAAGCAACAGGGAAGAACGUCUACAGCAAGUACAUAAAAUACCUGCUAGAAGAAAGCGAAGACGCGUCUCUGUUUUUGUUUGAAGUCCUUAAGGAGAACGCCACAAUAGAAAAGAGCGAAGUUGAUGAAAUAAUAGAUAAAAUGUUUUUUGACGAGGACGGGAACAUAAUAUGCAACUUUACUGCGUGGAUACCUGGCAUCUCUAUCUUGCAGAGAAGAGAGUACUUUGAGUAUUUGUUUGAGCAUCUAAAGACAACAGACAAAGACCUCUUGAAUGACGUUAAAAACGAUCUGCGAAAGAAAGGGUUUAUAAUAUAG